AUGAAUAAUUCAUUAUUUAAAUCGGUAUUUAAUAAUAAAGUAUUGAAUAAAUUAAUAUUUAAUAAAGUUAAUUUCAUAUUGUCUAGACUUACACAGUCAAAUCAGAAAUUAUAUAAAUGGCAAGAAAUCAUUGAAGAUCCGUAUAUCUUGGCAUCACACGGCUAUUUCAAUGAGAUUAAAGCUUGUCUUUCCAAUAGAAUCAAACAUGUUCGACUCAACUAUAUUAGGCUUUUCGAACGUGUAAUCAGAGGUGGAAAUCUAGAGAUAUUCAAAUAUAUUUUAGAAUACUUUCGAAUCGAUCGAAGAUUGAAAAUUGGACUUGGUGAUGCUAUGCUCAAAACUCUGUUGAUCACCGCAUCGAGAAUUGGUAGACUGGAAAUCAUUCAGUAUCUAUUCGAGAGAUUCGCCAAUUACAAAUGGGAUUUCGUUAGAGCUAUCAACGAUGUACCGCAAUCAAAUGAUCUAGACCUAUUGAAAAUGUUGGUAGACAAACUGGAAGCAAGUGAUCCGAAUGAGUUUGACGAUCGCUUCGAUGAUCGUAGUUUGCGAGAAGCAUUCAAUAACGCUGCAUUCGCUGGCAAUAUCGAAAUCUUCAAAUGGUUGUUGAACUAUAGACCGAAAGAUUUCCAAGGUUCCAUGGUAUUUGGAUAUGCAAUUGCAGGUAACCAACUCGAAUUCCUAAGAUACUUGUUUGAAAAUCAUAAAGAUCAUUACGAAAAUGGAUCAAACUAUUUGUUGUCAGCGAUGGAGUGUGAAGAUACCUUUGAAAUCUUUGAAUUGUUGAUGCAACAUACAGAGUUUCAUAUGAAUCAAUCAUAUUAUCCAGCAUAUUUCGGAAAUCUCAAAGUUUUGAAAUAUUUACAUUCAAAAUCUUUAUUGAAAUGCACUCAUUACGAGAUGGAUAAAGCAGCUAUUUUCGGAUACAUGGAUAUGUUGAAAUGGUUGGAUGAGAAUUUUAAAGCAGGAUGCUCCACCGCAGCCAUGGAUGAAGCAGCACAAAGAAAUCAGCUGGAAGCAGUUAAAUGGCUACAUGAGAAUCGAACUGAAGGUUGUACAAAGGAAGCAAUGGAUGGUGCUUUGAAAUCCGGACAUUUAGAAAUGGCGAAAUGGUUGCUAAAGAAUCGAACUGAAGGUCAUUCAUUUUCUAUUACAUCAGAUAUUGCUUUGACUGGAAAUCGCCAAGUACUUGAAUGGUUUAUUGAGAAUACAAAUCACAAACCAUUGGAGAAAGAUCCAACUAUUCUCAGGAAAGUGGUUGCCAAAGGACACCUCGAAAUCGUGAAAUAUUUACACGAGAGAAAUGGUGAAGACAACAUAUUCUAUUUUACAUCAGAGAUAAUGAAUAUAGCUGCUUCUCAAGGACACAUGCAUCUCAUACAAUGGUUGCAUCAUAAUCGAACUGAAGGAUGUACUGAAGAUAUAUUAGCGUUAAAUGAGAAUAUCUAUAAAGAAGAUUACACUACUAUGGUUCAAUGGAUAUUGGAAAAUAAAAGUCAAGUUGAUAUUCAUUCGAUUAGAACCGAAGACUAUAUCUCUCAUCUAAUUCAAUUGAAUCAAUUUGAACUUCUAGAAUGGUGGUUAAAUAAGUUAGAAUUAUCAAAAGAUCAACUUAUUGAAACCAAAAGACAAUUGUAUAGUAAAUAUCCACUAUCAUUUGAUUCAUUGGAUUUAUUGGAUCAAUAUAUUAAUAAAUAA